UGAUGACGUUGGUGUUCAUCAGCUGAUUGUAGAACCAGAGGAGAAUCAAAACACCGCGUUAAAAUAAAACUGGAUUAGAUUUAUUUAUGAAGCGGGUCGUUAGAUAUUAUUCAGGGAUUGUGUAAUGACGCCUUUCGCUGUUUCUUUCCUCUCCAGCCUCCCCAUGGUGCAUUAGCGCUCCAUAAUGGAUAAGAUUCUGGAAGGUCUGGUGAGCUCGUCUCACCCGAUCCCCGUAAAGCGGGCCAUAGUGAAGAUGGUGGUGGAGGCGGCUGAGAAAGAGGUGACGCAGGAGCAGUGUCAGGCCCUGUAUCAGCUCACUGCACGCCUCAUUCUGCUCGGCGAGGACGCCUUCCAGCGGCAGGUGGGCCUCCAGGUGCAGGAGGCGUACGCACGCUACCACCGUGAUGAGUUCGCCCGCUUCCUGAGUAAGGACUACGUCGUGGAACUGCUGCAUCACGGCUACGGCCCUCUAGACCGCCGCGAUCCGGCCAUACUGGACUUCCUGCAUGGUUGUCUGCGGCUUCUCAUCAGCUGCCCGGCCGUGCUCGAGCUGGCGCCGACGUUACAGACCGAGGUCCUACGCAUGGUGUGUGAGCGACCCGACGCCGCGUUCUGCAGCAAGCUCGCCACACUGCUCAGCGACUUCCCCCAGUGUGUGUCACGCAACAAAGCCGCUGUGCCGCUCUGCCAGCAGCUGGUGCGCACGUUUGCGCAUUUCCAGUGUCCGGCGGCCGAGGAGGCGGAGCUGAGGCGCUACGUAGGGCAGGUGGGCUGCGUGGCUGCGUUGCUGCAGGGCAUCUGGAAGGCGGAGCCGGCCACGCUUCUGCCCUCACUGCAGGAAGUGUUCGCUAUUAUCUCCUCAACAGAUUCAUCCUGUGAGCCGUCCAUCGCUCUGGCCAGUCUGGUGCAGCACAUCCCUCUGCAGAUGAUCACAGUCCUCAUCAAGAGCCUCACCACUGACCAAAACGUCAAAGACGCCAGCAUGACCCAGGCGCUCAGCAGGAUGAUCGAUUGGCUCUCAUGGCCGCUGGCCAAUCACGUAGACACUUGGGUUAUUGCUCUUUUGAAGGGACUGGCUGCUGUGCAGAAGUUCACCAUCCUCAUCGAUGUCACCGUGCUUAAAAUCGAACUGGUCUUUAAUCGUCUGUGGUACCCUAUAGUGAGACAGGGAGCGUUAGCGGUCCUCUCUCACAUGCUGCUGAGCUUCCAGCACUCACCAGAAGCCUUCCACUUGGUGGUCCCCCACGUGGUACCCCUGGUGCAGUCUUUGCAGAGCGAUGGCCUCCCUACCAGCAAAGCCUUCCUGCUGCAGUUCAGUGAGCUCAUCCACUGCAUGAUGUACCAGUACUCUGGUUUCCCCGACCUCUACGACAACAUCCUCGAAGUCAUUAAGGAACUCCCUAAACCCAGUGAAGAGAAGAUCAAGUAUGUGCUGAACCAAAGUGCCUGGACCUCGCAGUCAAACUCUUUCGUCUCUGGUCUGCUGAGGCUUACGGGCAAAUCGGAGACCGGGAAGACGGGACUCGUGAACUUGGGCAACACCUGUUACCUGAACAGUAUCAUUCAGAUGCUGUUCAUGGCUACAGAUUUCAGACGGAACGUAUUAUCCCUGAACCUGAACGGCUCUAAUACGCUGAUGAAGAAACUACAGCUUCUCUUUGCUUUCUUGGCGCAUACUCAGCGAGCGGCGUAUGCACCGAGGAGCUUUCUCGAAGCGUCUCGGCCACCCUGGUUCACGGUGGGCUCCCAGCAGGACUGUAGUGAAUACCUCCGCUUUCUUUUAGACAGGCUACACGAGGAGGAAAAGACUCUCCGAGCUCUCCAGACUGCCAAACCUAAGACCGUGUCCUCUGACGUUGAGGGUACCGAUGAUGCGAAAGCUCAGAAUGUGACCAGCACCCCGUCUCAUUCUCAGACUACACCGGUGGACACUGAAGGUGAUGGACAGACUCUGGUGGAGCGGAUGUUCGGCGGGCGGCUCUCCACGGGCAUCCGCUGCCUACAGUGCCAUAGUCUUUCUGAGAAAGAGGAACCGUUUACUGAUCUUUCUCUGGCUUUUUGCCCGUCCGGCAUUAUGGGCUCCUCGACCGCGCAGUUCCACCAGGGGGCAGUAAACGGCGGCAGUGAGAUCUCUGAAGGCACUGUAAAGGAUGAGCGGAGCGAGGAGAGACCCAAGACGGAGGCAGUGCUGUCCCUGUCAGAUCUGCUCGAGUAUUUCCUGGCCCCGGAGAUCCUGGAGGAGGAGAAUUGUUACUUUUGUGAACGCUGCGGCUCGCUUCAGCGGGCGGAAAGGGCCAUACACGUGGUGACUGCCCCCGAGUACCUCAUCCUCACUCUUUUACGCUUCUCAUAUGAUGCGACAUGCCACGUGCGGCGCAAAAUUCUGGACAACGUAGGCAUCCCGCUGCACAUGCACCUGCCCAUCCACCAGCACAGCACUUCCUCAUCAUCAUCAUCAUCAUCACCAUCACCAUCAUCAUCGUCGCCAUCGGUGCAAAUGGACUCCCCAGAGAAUGGCGAGAACUUAGCCAAGAAGCUAAAACCUUCUCAUAAAGAGAAAGAGGAGGAAGACGAAGACUUAACGGACAGCGGGAGAAGGGACUGGGGUUCAGGGGUGCGGUGUGUACCUUACGUCCUGUGUUCGGUCGUGAUGCAUUCUGGGAUGUCCUCAGAGAGCGGCCACUACUACUCGUACGGCAGGAACGUGAGCGUUGCGUCAGCCAGUCCCUCUUUUAAGAGUCCGGAAUCAGAUUCCGGGGUCGGCCUUUCAGAGGGCUCGACAGCUUCGCAGGAAGUUCUGGAGUGUGCAGGGCAAGACUCCAGGGACUGGUUCCUGUUCAACGACAGCCGAGUGACCUUUACUAACUUCCAGUCCGUGCAGAACAUAACGAGCCGCUUCCCCAAGGACACGGCCUACGUGCUGAUUUACAGGAAACAGGAAGAAGUUGGAGGACAGGCUGGGGGUUCAAGAGCUACCGUUAAUGGCUCGAGGUUCAGUGGGGAGCCACCUCUUCAAAAAGAUCUAAUGGAUGCCAUCACCAAAGACAACAAACUCUUCUUACAGGAGCAGGAGCUUAACGCCAGGGCCCGGGCUCUCCAGGCCUCCUCGGCCUCCUGCUCGUUUCGACCCAACGGCUCGGAUGACAACGAGCCCCCGGGAAGCUGUGGGCCCUCGGGAGGAGGAGGAGGUGGAGGAGGAGGUGGCUUCAGCACUGUCAGCAGACUGGUCUUCUGAGAGUGGUACACUUUCCGACUCGAACAGAACACUGGACUCAAACACUCAACACUGGACCUCCUUCUGUCUGAAUCCAACAUGCAGAAAUUCUCAAUAACUCGAAACCACCUCACAAGCUUUCCUUCGCGUACAGAUCACUGUUUUUUUUUUUUUUUUUUUCCCUUUAAGCCGUCUCACAAAGUGUUCACGAAAGCACUUUCUGGUAACACUUUAUUAUAUCACGUAAAGCGCCUUCGUAACACGUCGCAUAAAUCCUUUUCUAGAGUAAACGCCGGAGGAUUUUUACGAAGCGCUUACGUCUUAGAGAUUUUUAUCUUGUUUUGGGUACUUGUGUAUUUACAUGAAAGAGAGAAGGGAGAACAACCUGUAAUUAUCCCUGCGAAUUGACAUUUUAAAUAUUAUUUGUAAAACUCAUAAUUAAUCAGAUGGUUUUUAAUAACAGCACAUUCAUAACACGGUGAAAUCCCUCGAAGGUGUGCAUUAGGGCUUCAUAAGUCUUAUAAAUGCGAAUUUGAUUAGUUUGAGUGCAUUGAAAUAAUACAUUCAGCUGUCACAUUUGGGUUUAAAAAAAACGUAUUGAAAUGGUGCUUCAUAGUGCUUUAAAAUGCAAAUGGAGCCCCGUCGCUUAAGCGCCAGUGCUCCGGUAAUAAGUAGAUGCAGUAACUACACACUUUUCAAUACGAAAGAUGAAAAAACAUUAUCUAAACCCUCUCGAGCUAUAAUGAUAAUUGAGUGCUCUUCUGUCUUCUUUCUUUUAUGUGGAAACGUUUGUUUGUAAAGUCACAGGGUUUUUGCGUUACAUUACAUUACAUAAAUCCUCAGCUGUUCCUUUAUUAAAUAUUUGCGCAUUGUUUAUGAAUGUGCCACGAAGGUCCCUUUUUUAUUUUUUUUUUAACGGGUUGAGACCGAUCCAUUCAUGGUCCUGUAAUCGUCAGAUGUACCAUUUGCCGUCUUAUGCGAUCCAAACUGAUUCUGAUUGCAUUAACCUCUAUAAAGAACUCAGAUUUGAGCUAUAUAUAUAUAUAUAUAUAUAUAUAUAUAUAUAUAUAUAUAUAUAUAUAUAUAUAUAUAUAUAUAUAUAUAUAUAUAUAUAUAUAUAUAUAUAUACUUGUUUUGUUUUGUUUCCAACAUGUAAGCAGUCACGCUCCACUCAGACUUCGGAGCGUCAUACUUGAACGAGUGUUUGUCUACCUGUCCGUCGGGUUUGUGCCCAUAAACAGAUCACCUGACGUGUUGCAAUACAUUUACACAGAAGGGUGCAAUACUGAUUUUGAUUCCAUUGUGGAAUCGAAGCUAUACUUUUAAAAUAGCAGGAAAAAAAAAUAUCACUGAAUUAUACUGGGAUAACAUUAAUAAUUAAAACAAAAACAAACAAACAAACAAAAAAAAAACACCUGUGUGUGUGUGUGUGUGUGUGUGUGUGUGUGUGUGAAGAGAUUGUCUUGCAUGCCAAAUUUGUUUUGGGGUCAGUUUUCACAAUAUCCCUGUUUAUAUUGUUGGGUUUUUUUGGCUUUCAGGGAGAUUUUUUUUUCUCUCUCUCUCGCCGAUUUUAAACUGAUUUUAUAUGCCUUUGAUACACAUUUUAAGAUUUUACCUGAUUACAAAACAAGCCUUGUGUAGCUAUGUAGUAUUAAUAGUUGAUGUUUUUUGUUUUUUUCCUCCUCUAACAGUAAAGGUUCAUUGAUUA